AUUCCCGUGAAUGUAUUAUUUGGCAAACUAAUGCGCAUUAAUUUGAAGAGCAAAAAAACGACAAAAAAAUUGAACAAAAUUAUUUGUGUGUUGUGUUUGCUGAAUCAGUUUGUAAAAUCAAUCAGCAAUGGUGCCUAAACAAAUGAAAAUCGGAUGGUACAUCAGCACACUGUCCAUUGCCGUGGCGUUCUUCGGACCGGCCCCGAUGGGCUCGAUGCACUACGUGUACAAUCCGCUGCACGCCGCGAGCUACGCAGCGUUCUCGCCGAUAGCGUGGUGUCUCUUUUUUGCCUGGACCGUCUUCACCGCCCACCUGGGCUAUCGAAACUGGGUGAUAGUCUUUUUCUCGUGGCGUGGGUUCCGCAUCACCACCAGAAUAUCGUACGCUAUCUACCUGACGCAGUUUCCCAUCUUCUUCUACAACGUUGGCAGAACGCGGUCGCCACAGUAUUUCGAGUUCUGGCCAGCCGUUAUCUUCAACACUAACGAGUACCUGGUCGUGUUUCUCUCAUCCUUCCUGCUGACGGUCCUGUUCGAGACACCGUUCAUCAACGUGAAGAAGCUACUGUUCAGUAACAACCGACACGCGAAGCAGGCGGCAGGCGGCGGCGAUGGCAGCACAAGCGCCACUGAACCAUUGGCAGCGCAUCCUGCAAAACUUGACGCAGCACCGGGUAGUAGUGCUGGAGGAGUUUGUCCCGGCAUGAUGGACGAGAAUGAAAAUAGUCGAUCUAAUGGGUAUUUUGAGUGUGACAAGAGUAAAUUAAAUUGUUAGGCAGUAUUUCGUUUGUGUUCCAUCGUUUCACUUCUUUUUCUUGAGAUGACACAGUAGCUUGGGAGCCUCGCCGCUGGACCUUAAACAUACGUUGCGAUGGACACAGUGGUAAAUACAAAACGUUGAAAUUGGGAUUAUUGCAUGCUAAAAAAUAGAAACAUAUUUAACAUAAGUUGAUUAUUUUAAGAUGACCCUUGUAACCAAACGGACGAUAUCAAUACAGGUACAACACACUCACACAAAAAUGCUACCCUUGCUACACCUCUCUUAAACAGUGCGAUUAAAAUAAACUGAGAGAUAAACCA